GGUGUAAAUCUCGCGCCAGGCCGUACCCAUAUCCGCAGCAGGUCUCCAAGGUGAACAGCCUUGGUAAAACGAGGACAACCAACAGCAGCAUCCUGAACAAAACAUGACAUCUCCAAACAUGAUCGGAUGGUUGUACGUCAUGAUUGUGGCCCUGCUUGUAGGAAAUGAAGUGCAAGCCAGGACACCGGGGAGCGGCUCUCAAUGCUGGACUCCUUGGUUUGAUCGAGACAACCCCUCUGGUACUGGAGACUAUGAGACUCUUAAGAACCUGUACAGUGAAAAUCCAAAUAAAAUCUGCAAAGCACCACUUGAUAUCGAAGUACAAACUACAGCUGGUUUAAGCAUGGAUUCAACAGGCGAUGUGGUUGCUGUAGCUGACACUACCAGUGGGUUCAUCUGUAGAAAUUCAGACCAGAACACGGGAAUGUGCUCUGAUUAUCGUGUACGUUUUAGAUGUCCACUUGAUUACUGCCAGCAGAAAGAUUGCUGGACUCCUUGGUUUGAUCGAGACAACCCCUCUGGUACUGGAGACUAUGAGACUCUUAAGAACCUGUACAAUGAAAAUCCAAAUAAAAUCUGCAAAGCACCACUUGAUAUUGAAGUCCAAACUACAUCUGGGUUAAGCAUGGAUUCAACAGGCGAUGUGGUUGCUGUAGCUGACACUACUAGUGGGUUCAUCUGUAGAAAUUCAGACCAGAACACGGGAAUGUGCUCUGAUUAUCGUGUGCGUUUUAGAUGUCCACUUGAUUACUGCCAGCAGAAAGAUUGCUGGACUCCUUGGUUUGAUCGAGACAACCCCUCUGGUACUGGAGACUAUGAAACUCUUAAGAACCUGUACAAUGAAAAUCCAAAUAAAAUCUGCAAAGCACCACUUGAUAUUGAAGUCCAAACUACAUCUGGGUUAAGCAUGGAUUCAACAGGCGAUGUGGUUGCUGUAGCUGACACUACCAGUGGGUUCAUCUGUAGAAAUUCAGACCAGAACACAGGAAUGUGCUCUGAUUAUCGUGUACGUUUUAGAUGUCCACUUGAUUACUGCCAGCAGAAAGAUUGCUGGACUCCUUGGUUUGAUCGAGACAACCCCUCUGGUACUGGAGACUAUGAGACUCUUAAGAACUUGUACAAUGAAAAUCGAAAUAAAAUCUGCCAAUCACCACUUGAUAUUGAAGUCCAAACUACAUCUGGGUUAAGCAUGGAUUCAACAGGCGAUGUGGUUGCUGUAGCUGACACUAAAAGUGGGUUCAUCUGUAGAAAUUCAGACCAGAACACGGGAAUGUGCUCUGAUUAUCGUGUACGUUUUAGAUGUCCACUUGAUUACUGCCAGCGCAAAGGUUAGCUCAUCUGAUGGUUUUGAUCGUCGCCACAAAUACAAAGAGUUUCAUGACAACAAAGUAUGCUUUAGAUGCCCAUGUGAAUGAAAUGUCAUCAAGCCAAUGUUUUGUGUGAACCUUUUAUAGCUCUUGAUUCACUAUAAAAGUAUAACUUGGGUACUGUAUAUGGGUAAACUAAAUAUAUGAAAAAUGAUUCAAACUUAAAUUUACUUUCCUCUUUGCCUUGGAAAAAUGUAUGUUUUUUCAUAAUCAUCAUGUUGUCAAAAUCAAAUAAAAGUACA